AUGUUCAUACUACACUUCUUCCACCUGAGUUUCAUUCCUCUGGUCUGCUUCUGCUACGACUAUCACCCGUACCCAAGCCCCCGGAUCGUCGAGACACGUCAAGGGCUACUCCAAGGGACUAUCCGCACCCUCAGGAACCUAGACCCGGUGGAAGUCUAUCUUGGCAUCCCCUACGCAGCGGCUCCUGUAGGCACCGGAAGGUUCAUGCCACCAGCCUCACCUCCGUCCUGGAUGGGAACCAGGGUGGCUGAUACCUUUGGUCCAGUUUGUCCUCAAACUUUUCCACCUAGGCCGGACACCACUAUGCCCACGGGACGGUGGGGUUAUAUGGACAGAGUACGCUACAACCUGAGCAACCAGAGCGAGGACUGCUUGUAUCUCAAUAUUUACGCGCCUUUGAGAGAGAAUCAUUAUCAAUGGGAGGAGAGACAGCCUAGCAACUUACCGGUGAUCGUGUUCAUCCAUGGGGAGAGCUUUGAGUGGAACUCCGGGAACCUGUACGAUGGAAGUGUGUUGGCAAGCUACGGCAAGGUGGUGGUUGUGACUAUCAACUUUCGUCUUGGCAUACUUGGUUUCCUGAAGCCGGGAGUGAGUGACCACGUGCCCAGCAACUUUGGUCUGUUUGACCAGGUGGCGGCGCUAGAGUGGGUCAGAGUGAACAUUGCAAAGUUCGGAGGAGAUCCUCGGAGUGUGACUCUCAUGGGACAUGGUACAGGCGCCGCCUGCGUCAGCUAUCUCAUGAUCUCACCUCUGGCACAAGCUGAGGGCAAUCGAGGCGCCGCCUGUGUCAGCUAUCUCAUGAUCUCACCUCUGGCACAAGCUGAAGGCAAUCGAGGUAUGGAACAAGCAGUAGUCGUACUUAGUGGUUAA